AUGGCGUCCCAACCCGUCAAACGCGCCCAAGUCUUCAUGGGUAGUGGCAAGCCCGAGGAGAUGCCCGUCGAUAUGUGGAUCGACGACUGCCGCCUCCUCUGGCUGGGUACCGAAUACUCGGACGAGGACAAGAACGCCGGAAUCCUAGCCACCAUGCUCGCCAGUAUCUAUGGAGCCGCCCUCGUGUACACCCACACUCUAUCCACCGAAAUCCGUUCAGACUGGAAGAAGCUCGCCGAAGCGCUCAAGGCUCAAUACGACCUCCCCGGCCGUCGCCCCCUCCACCCAGGCAUCAUAUCUAGGAUGGUCACCUUGCGUCAGGGCGAGCGUAGCCUGCAAGACCACAUCAAGAACGUUCGCGAGAUCGCCGGCUUCUUCGGUCCUCAGGCAAAACUGAUUGGUGUAGGCUGCUUUGUGAAUAGUUUGGAGGACAAGGUGUUACAGAAACACAUUCUGCUAAUCCGGCAGACCAUGGUUGCGUGCGGGAAGACCGACUACACCGUGGAAGAUCUGUUCAAGGCAGCUUUGAAGUGGGAGGAGACUGAUUGGGAUCAGAUGAAGGACAAGGCAGGCGACUUCAUGAAGAACCUGGAUAACCCCGAUGCCCUGAAGGAGUACGGACAUGUUGGCGAGAACGGCGAGUUCAUCUUGGAGGGCCACGAUGGAAAGCAGCGUGGGCGUGUGGAGAAUGGGGAGCUUAUGCUUGACCUGACCCUGGAUUGA